AUGUCAGAAGAUGAACGAGAAGAGAGGUGGAUCUUUCGGACGUUGAUGACGCUGUUGAAGAAUGAAAAUUUAGAAAUUCCCAAUGAAAAUCGAAUUAUUCUUCUGGAAGGUACAAUCCUUCAAAAAGAUGAUAAGCUAAUUGAACUGAGAGAAGCUAGAGAACUGCUUGAUGAGAAAAUAUCAAUUCUAAGGAAGUGGCAAGACCCGGAUAGAGUUGUUGAUUUGGCCCGACUCACAAUAAUGGAUGAUCAUCUAGUUUUUAAUCUUAGCCUGUGCAAAAAGGUAUUUAGGAGUUAUAUCAAAUAA